AUGCUAAGCAUAAUUGCACAGGAGUAAAUACCACUGAACACAAAAAAGGAAAAAAGGCCAACAUGGGAUAAUAAAUUUCAAUACCUUUUAAGCAGCAUUGGAUUUGCUGUAGGCUUUGGGAAUGUGUGGCGUUUUCCAUACUUGUGCCAAACUUAUGGAGGAGGGGCAUUCUUGAUUCCAUAUGUCAUCGCACUUCUGUUUGAAGGAAUCCCAAUUUUUUUCCUUGAAUUGGCCAUAGGGCAAAGCUUGAGAAAAGGUAGCAUUGGAGUCUGGCAUGAGAUCUCACCUUACCUGGGAGGACUUGGUUACGCUUGUUUGAUAGUAUCAUACAUAGUGAGCCUCUAUUAUAAUAUGAUUUUGGCCUGGGUGAUGUGGUAUUUUGUAAGCUCUUUCCAAGACCCAUUACCUUGGAGUUCCUGUCCAAAAGAUACCAGCAAACCAGAAGUUAUUGAAGAAUGUCGCAGAAGCACAGCUACCAAUUAUUUUUGGUAUAGACACACUUUAAACAUAAGCACGGAUAUUAUGAAGAGUGGUCCAUUACUGUGGUGGAUGGUUUUAUGUUUGGCAGCUUGCUGGCUAAUUGUGUUCCUUUGUACAAUUCGAGGAAUUGAAUCAGUUGGAAAGGUAGUAUAUAUUACAACCACAUUUCCUUACAUCAUUCUUACAACAUUCCUUGCUUACGGACUGACUCUCCCAGGAGCUGUUGAAGGGCUAACCUAUCUCUUCACUCCUAAUGUGAACAAACUCAAAAAUCCACGUGCCUGGCUUGAUGCCGCCACCCAGAUUUUCUUCUCUCUUUCUUUAGGAUCUGGGGGACACAUAGCAUAUGCAAGUUACAACCUCCCAAGAAAUGACUGUGAAAUAGAUGCUAUCAUAAUAGCAGUAGUGAACUCUGUGACGUCUAUGUAUGCCUCCAUUCCAGUUUUUUCGAUUCUGGGGUUCAAAGCAACAGUAGGCUAUCGGGAAUGCUUGCAAAGAAAUAUUAAAGACCUUGCUAGUGCAUUUAAUCUGAAGAAGGAAAGUAUCACAACGGACAACUAUACCAUUUGGCUCAAUUCCUUGAAUCGAACAUCUCCCCAAAAAAUUGCGUCUCUCAAGCUGAAACAUUGUGAUCUUCAACAUUUCCUUGACCAGAGUGCUUCUGGAACUGGUUUGGCCUUUAUUGUGUUCACAGAAGUCGUCAUCGAGAUGCCUGGAACUCAAGCUUGGGCAAUUCUGUUUUUUCUCAUGCUAUUCACUCUGGGUCUAUCGUCUAUGUUUGGACUUGUUCAAAGUGUCUUGACUCCUAUCAUAGAGUUUCAAAUUGUGGCUAAAUACUUACGCAAGGAGUUUGUAUGUGGUAUCAUAUGCCUUACAGCCUUUUUGCUGGGUCUGUGUUUUACUCUGAGAUCAGGAAACUACUGGAUCGAAGUGUUUGAUGGCUAUGUGGGAUCCAUGCCUUUGUUAAUCAUUGCUUUCUUUGAAGUGAUUGGUGUUGUAUUUGUUUACGGAAUGAACAGGUUCUGUAAGGAUGUGGAAUGGAUGAUAGGACGGCGACUAAACUACUACUGGAAGGCAUCAUGGCAAAUUAUCAGCCCUAUGUUAAUGGCCGCCAUCUUUUUCUUCUAUGUAUCUGUUCAAAGGCCACUAAGCUACAGUGCAUGGAACCCAAACUAUGAACAUUUUCCUGGAAAAGAGCCGAAACAUUAUCCUGCCUGGGUUAUAUUCGUCUGUGUCAUGCUUGCAACUGUACCGUGCUUGAUGAUCCCUUUUGGAGCCAUUUACCACCUUUGGAAAACUGUUUUGAAAAAGAAACUGCUCCAGGUGAUACAUCCUGACGCCAGCACUGCUAGUAACUGAUCUCACUUUUGUUUGAACAAACUGGUCACAUGUUUUCCUCAC